AUGUCGCGAAUUUCCGUAUUUUUUAUUUUACUGGUUUCGGUAGGUUCUUUUUCUAAUUUUAUUUUUGAAAACGAAUGUUUUCUAGUAUAUCGAUGCUCAAUAUAUGUUCGGUCGUCCACCUUGUGGCGGAGGUUGUCCUCCGCCAAUGUGUGCACCAAGAUUACCCUGCUCCGCACCGAUGCCAAUGCCAAUGUGUCCACCCCCACCACCUUGUCCACAACAGUAAGUAUCCUUGAAACAUAAAUCCUCUCAUAGAAAAAUAUUCAUAGAUUCUGCCCUCCCCCACCAAUCUGUCCCCCACCACCCCCGCCAAUGCCUUGCCCACCCCCACCUCCACCAAUGGCAAUCCCAAUCCCAAGACCAUCUUGCCCAUGUAUGGGUGGAAUGUCUAGACCAUCUUUCUAUCAAUCAUUCGCUCCACAAUAUUAUCAAGCACCGAUGAUGGUUCCGCAAGCUGUUCCAGUUCCAGCUGCUGGUGGUUGUGGAGGAGGUGCACCAACUGGUGGAGCUGUUGCGGUUAGAAUUCCAGCUCAAAAUGAUUGCUGCUGUGGAUGUUCUUCGCCUUGCAAAUAUAAGAGUGUAAGACGCGCAGCUUUCGCUUCAAAAACUGUUGAUCCAUCUUGCAAUAGCAUUGAACUCAAAAAUCUUAUUCUAGAUGUAAGUAGAGUUUCCAAAUUCAAAUUUUUUUAUCGUGUCUUUUUAGAACAUCUCAUCUGACGCCAGUCAAUCAAAAAGAGAUAUCCAAAAAGCUGCUGAAGAACAAUUGGGACACGAUGUGAAUGUGAUUUGUGGAACUGGCGAGUUCAGUUAUAUUGCACAUACUGAUACUUUCUGCCAAACAUCGAAGGAUGAUGUUACUUGUUAUGCUUUUAAGCCAUUGUAAAUUUUUAAGAUACUUUUUUGUCUGUAAUUUUUGAAAAAGAUUUGAGUGAAUGAAUGAAUAUGUUAUUGGGAAAUUUGUGAUUUUUAAUUUGAAUUUUUGAAUCAGUUAGGAUUGGUGUAGAAAAACUCCAAAUUUUCUGCCAGUUAAAAAAUUUGGUUUUUAUAUUUCACUUUAAAACUUGAUAUAUUUUAUUAUUCGAUUCAAAAUUAAAUGUGCCCUUUUCUUUUGACAUUCUGAAAAAAUACAAAUUCAAGAAAAAAAAAAUUUUCAGAGAACUUGUAGUAUCACAAACAUUUCAAAUAUAGAAAACUGUUAAAGGGGGUAUACCCUAUUGUCUCUCGUGCAAAGUGUGAUACAUCAUUUGAUUCAGAAUUUUGUGUUAUAUAUGCACAAAAAAUUUUAGCUCUCAAAACGCAUUCUAAGUACACGUUUUUUGCGUCCAAACAGGACCAAAAUCUGCUCGAAAUAAAAAAAAGAACACACAAGAAAGAGAGACGCAGACUCUCGCUGUCUGCCAGCCAGCCAGCAAGUGUAUUGUUUUUUUUGAAUUUUGUGUUCAACAACUACGGUAAGUCUGAAUAUACUGUAAUAAACUUAUAAAAAUUUAAAAAAAGAAGGAAAAACAACACACAUGCUGGCUGGCUGGCAGACAGCGAGAGUCUGCGUCUCUCUUUCUUGUGUGUUCUUUUAUUUCGAGCAGAUUUUGGUCCUGUUUGGACGCAAAAAACGUGUACUUAGAAUCCGUUUUGCGAGCUAAAAUUUUUUGUGCAUAUAAAACACAAAAUUCUGAAUCGAAUGAUGUAUCACACUUUGCACGAGAGACAAUAGGGUAUACCCCCUUUAAUUUUGGAAAUACAAAAGUCAGAAAUUCAUAAAUCUGAUUAGAAGUUUCCCAAACCCUUUCGAAGCAGAAAUUCAAAUUUUUGUUGAAAAAAAUUAUUUUUCAAAGUUCAACAAAAUAUUCUGUUUUUUUCCAUUUUCAAUAGUUGAAAACCUCAUAUUUCAAUUUCCAAACACAAAAAAUGUUUUCCCAUAAAACUCUUCUCUUCAAAAAAAAAACCAAAAAACCAUGCACGUGGGGUAUUACAUCAUAACCUAACUUUAUUCUUAUCUUUCUCUAAUUCUCUCAAUCUCUCCAUUAUUUUCAUAUGAUUAUAAUUGGCAAAACUUAUCAAAACUCCACCAAUACAUAUAAAAUGGUUAUCUCACUCUCUCCCUAUUUUUGUCUCUUUUUUGCAACUACACCGCAUUUUUAUUAGCGUCGACCUUGGUCAACUGUCUUUUUCUCUCCUCUCCAUUUCAACGCCAUACACGUUGUCUGAUUUUUUGUUUGUGUUUUUUUUUCAUUGAGAAGAGUUUUUUUUUAAAUUGUGUUUGCAGAGUGAAAAUGAGCACAUUUGUAACUGUUCCAAGUGGAUCAGAUUUUCCAAUUCAAAAUUUGCCAUAUGGUGUUUUCUCGACAGCUGAUAAUGUGAGUUUUUCAAAACUUUGUUAAAAGAAAAAUUAGAUGGAAUUAGGCCAGGUUUUUUUGAAAAACCGAUUUCUCGAGUUUGAUUUUCAAAAUUCCUGAAUUCGUCAAAUUUCCAGACCACUCAUCGAAUCGGAGUUGCCAUCGGAGAUCAAGUUCUCGACCUCUCCGUAAUCUCUCACCUCUUCAACGGCCCACAAUUAGCCAGCCAUCAAAAUGUAUUCCAAAGCACAACUUUGAACGCCUUUAUGGCUCUCCCACGUGCUGCUUGGCUUGAAGCUCGCGCAACACUUCAAGAUCUUCUCUCUUCCACAAAUCAAACAAUUCAAGGAAAUGUUGAUCUUCGCGCUCGUGCUCUUAUCCCACAAUCUUCUGUCACAAUGCAUCUUCCAGCACAAAUCGGAGAUUAUACUGAUUUUUAUUCAUCGAUUUAUCACGCCACAAAUGUUGGAAUCAUGUUCAGAGGAAAGGAAAAUGCUUUGAUGCCAAAUUGGUAAGAAAUCUUUUUGCAUAGGUCUCCAGUUUCAGAUGUUUGUAACUGAAAAUUUCAGGAAAUGGCUUCCAGUUGGAUAUCACGGAAGAGCCUCAUCAGUCGUUGUAUCAGGUACCCCUCUCCACCGCCCAGUCGGUCAAACCAAAGCCCCAGAAGCCACUGAACCAUCAUUCGGCCCGUCUAAAUUAGUCGAUUUCGAAUUAGAAAUGGCAUUCUUUGUCGGCGGUCAAGAAAAUCCAUUAGGAACUUCAGUUCCAAUUGAAAAAGCUGAAGAUCGCAUUUUCGGUGUUGUUUUGAUGAAUGAUUGGAGUGCUCGUGAUAUUCAAGCAUGGGAAUAUGUUCCACUUGGUCCAUUCUUGGCAAAAUCAUUUGGAACAACUAUUUCACCGUGGAUUGUCACAAUUGAAGCACUUCGCCCAUAUUUUGUUGAGAAUCCAGUGCAAGAUCCAAUUCCACCAGCAUAUCUUCAUCAUUCUGAUAAUUUCACACUUGAUAUUGAAUUAGCUGUUAGUAUCAAGCCAGAAGAUGAUGCUGAAGAUCAUGUUGUUUGCAAAACCAACUUCAAGGUAAUCUAUAUCUAUAAAUUUUCAGGAUCCGUUUCAAUAAGAUUAUUUUUUUCAGCAUCUCUACUGGACCUUGAAACAACAACUCGCCCAUCAUACUGUUAACGGCUGUAACAUUCGUGCUGGAGAUCUUAUGGGAUCUGGAACAGUCUCUGGACCAGAAGAGGGAGCUUACGGUUCAAUGUUGGAACUUUCGUGGAGAGGAGCUAAAGAGAUUCCAGUUGGAAAUCAAGUCAGAAAAUUCCUCAAGGAUGGUGAUGAAGUCAAUUUGUCUGGAACUUGUGAUAAGAAUGGAGUAAGAAUCGGAUUUGGACCAUGCCGCGGAAAAGUUUUACCAGCUAAUCUUUAG